UAUUUGUAUAAAAACGCGUCUUUAUUGUGUCAAUGAGCCACACAAGUGAGAUGUCAGUGAGUUUAUUUGAUUAAAUAAAAAAGUUGAAUCUCCCCUCUGUGCCUCAUAUUACAUAACAGUGUUGUCCUGUGAAAGAUCAGACAUCCUUUGAGGAAUUCUGAGAUUAUUAAUGCGUGAAGUUUUUUGUUUUGUUUUGUUUUGUUUUUUUUGUAUGAAACUAAGACUCCCUAUUUGUCAGUUAAAGAAGACGCCAAAUAAUUCUUCCGUCAUGGUGUCAGAUAAAGCGUGGGGGUGUCCAGGGUGGAGCUGGAGGCGGGCUGCGCCACGGGGAAAAGACGCACCGCUCCGCUAUUGGACCACAUGUAAAGUGGAAGACUGAAGCUGGAAGUGGAUUUCACUUGGAAUUUGGAUUUUGUUGGAAAUUGUGGACGGACGUGUCUUACACCUGCAGGGGGGGAGAAGCGCACGUCCAACAGCCGCGUGCGCGCAAUGAAGUGUCUGUUAUUGGAGCAGGCAGCCGGAGCUCGCCGCGCGUAAAGUUCUCCCUCCGCCUCCGUCUGUGCGCCACGCUGCAAGCCGCAUGAGUUCCCCGCUGUCUUUGGGUCAGCUGGCCGGGGUUCCGUUUGAGAUCAUGCACCCCACCAUGGAGAAAGACACUACCUACACCAAGAUCUUCGUCGGGGGGCUGCCCUAUCACACCAGCGACGCCUCACUUCGGAAAUAUUUCGAGACUUUCGGCGAAAUCGACGAGGCGGUGGUGAUCACGGACAAGCAGACGGGGAAAUCCAGAGGAUAUGGAUUUGUGACCAUGGGGGACAGGGGAGCUGCAGAGCUGGCAUGCAAAGACGCGAACCCCAUCAUCGACGGGAGGAAGGCCAACGUGAAUUUAGCGUACCUGGGAGCGAAGCCUCGGAGCUCACAGACAACUCUUUCUGGUGGAGUUCAACAAAUCCAGCCCACGUGGACUCAGAGGCAAUACGGAGCUGAAACAAAAGAGACAACAACAUCUGGUAUCCUCACAGCGACACUCCCGCAGGGUAAACACAGACAAAGACAAAAUCCUUCUUUGUUUGCCCGUGUGGAACACCUUCAGCUAAAACAUGUUUGGGAAAGAUGCUUUUUUUUCUGUGUUAGUGUGUUUUUAAAGUUAAUCAGAUCUUUGAGAAAGGAACCAUCUGUUGGUUAUUUUAGUUUUUUAAUAAAUAAACUAAAACUGGACCUUUUUUAAAAUUAAAUUAAACUGCUUGAUUUAGGUUCCAUUUUAUAAUUUCUGACUUUUCCUUUGAGAACAAAACAAUGGAAUAUGAACUGAUCUCAUGUCCAAAUUAUCUUUUUUUAACCAUAUAAGACUCAUUUUACAAUUUAAACAGUUCAGAUUAUUGUAGGAUACAAAAAGUACAUCAGAAAAAUAUUUCAGAAGCAUAAAACAAACACAGUUUUAAAAUAAAAGAGAUACUAAUUUUCUGUGACUGAAAGAAAGCAACAUUUUUUUUAAUUUUUUUUUUUUUACAUAUUUAUUAUUAAAAUAGCUCACACCACUGUUGUUGUUAAUGAAAGUGUAAUGCUUCCCUUCGCACAGCUGGAUCAACCUUUUCACACCUGCACAUGCUGCUGUCUCGUCUGCCUCCAAUGCAGCCCAUGAAAUAUAAUUUUUAAAAGAAAAUAAGUGAUUUUCAAUAAUUCCAAAGAAAUUAAGAGAGUAUGUUAAGAAAGGAGAAAAACUAAUGUUAGUGAAAUAACUGUAAGAUUAUUAGGAUUUUGAGAGAACUGUUUUAUUGAUGUCAUCAGCAUCUAUUUCCUGUUUUUUUUUGUCUUUGUUACCCAAUUCUGAUUUCAGUAUCAUAACAGUUAUGAGUCCAGCAGCUUUUAGUCUUUUUUUGUGUUUUUUUUUUUUACACAUAUUAAUGGUUUGGUUUAUUUGGGACAAAGUCAGCUGCCGAAGAAGAACCGAUACUAAAACCUGAAGUGUCGUUGACUUGAGAAGAUCCCAGCGCUGAACAGCUGCAAGAUCUGUUGUGGUUUGGAGGAAAGAUCUAGACCAGGGGGGUCAAACUCAAUCGUAUAGGGGGCCACAAUCCAAAACACACCUUAGGUCGCACCUAACAGGAUAAACAUUUAUUGAACACUCUAAAACUACAUUUUUUUAACUUUUAAAACGCUAUUUAUUAACAUAACUAUGGAUAAAAACAGGCAGGAAUUUUAUUACGGAAUAAAUCAACUUAAAGCUUAGAUAACUUUCACUAUUUUUACUCUUUGUAAAAAUAUAUUAUAUAAAAAUUAUACAAGUUAGAAAUAAGAGGACAGAUAACAUCGGGCUUUUCAUAAUAAUAAAAUAAAAUGAUUUGGGGGGCCGAAUUUAAUUACCCAGAGGGCCUUGACUUUGACACGUGAUCUAGAUGUUUAUGUUUCUAUGGCGUUUUUUCUCAGGCAAAAAAAAGAACAAAAACAUUUAUUGUUAUUUGUAAUUUUUUAAACCAUAAAUAAAUCACUUUUUAUUCUUACGCAUAAAAUAUGAUUUUAUUUAUAUCUUGUUUCUGCUGUUCUUUUGUGUGUGAGCCAGUUCUCUAGACAUUCAGUCCCUCCCAAUAUCGAGUUUAUGAAUUUAUGAAUAAAUGCACCUAAAUGCUUUAUAUAAAUGAAAUAAAUACUGUAAUUUAACAUUUAUAUGAUGUAUUAGGAGUUUAUUUAAUGAUA